GCCGGGAGGAGGAGGAGGGGGCCCGGGGACCCCCCCACCCCGCCCGGAGCAGCCGCCGGGGCCGGGGCGCCCUCCCACAGCCCGACACCGCCAGGGACCGUCCCUCUCGAGUAGCCGCCAGAGCCGGGGCGGGAGCAGCCGCCGCCGACCCCGCCAGUGGCGAGAGGAGGGGCCCGAGGGCCACCCCCGCGUGAGGAGAAGGGGCCCGGACAGCCACCGGCGGGGCGCGAUCCCCCUGGGCACAGGGGCGGCUUUGAGCAGGUUUUGUAGUGCUUCCCUGAGCAUGAGUUCAGAAUGAAGCGGCGAUUGGAUGAGCAGGAGUCACCGGUGUACACGUCACAGCAGAGACGUAUCACCAGCAGCACAGAAGCUUUCCAACACCAGCACCGUAUGCUUGCUCCAGCACCUCCUGUAUAUGAGGCGGUUUCGGAGACCAUGCAGUCUGCCACUGGAAUUCAGUACUCUGUAACUCCCAGCUACCAGGUGUCGGCUGUGCCACAGAGCUCAGGCAGUCAUGGCCCUGCUAUAGCGACCGUCCAUAGUGGACAUCAUCACACUACACCAGUGCAGCCUCAUGGAAGCCAGGUGGUGCAGAGUCAUGCUCACCCGACCCCUCCAGCAGCACCAGUGCAGGGGCAGCAGCAGUUCCAGAGGCUUAAGGUGGAGGAUGCGCUGUCCUACCUUGACCAGGUGAAGCUGCAGUUUGGUAGUCAGCCUCAGGUCUACAAUGAUUUCCUGGACAUAAUGAAGGAAUUUAAGUCUCAAAGUAUUGACACUCCAGGGGUGAUCAGCCGCGUGUCUCAGCUCUUCAAAGGUCACCCUGACUUGAUCAUGGGCUUCAAUACCUUCUUGCCACCUGGCUACAAAAUUGAGGUGCAGACUAACGAUAUGGUGAAUGUGACAACACCAGGGCAGGUUCACCAGAUCCCCACACAUGGCCUCCAGCCGCAGCCACAGCCGCAGCCUCAGCAUCAAUCCCAGCCUUCAGCACAGUCAACUCCAACCCCAGCACAGCCUGCACCACAGCCACCACCUGCCAAAAUCAGCAAGCCAUCACAAUUGCAGGCACAUACGCCAGCCAGCCAGCAGACUCCCCCAAUUCCUCCAUAUGCAUCACCGCGCUCUCCACCUGUGCAGCCUCAUACACCUGUGACAAUCUCUCUUGGAACCACACCAUCCCUGCAGAACAAUCAGCCGGUUGAGUUUAAUCAUGCCAUCAACUAUGUCAACAAGAUCAAGAAUCGGUUCCAGGGACAACCAGACAUCUAUAAGGCCUUCCUGGAGAUCCUCCACACUUAUCAGAAAGAGCAGCGGAAUGCCAAGGAGGCAGGUGGUAACUACACACCAGCUUUGACAGAGCAGGAGGUGUAUGCACAGGUCGCGCGCCUCUUCAAGAACCAGGAGGAUUUACUCUCUGAGUUUGGGCAGUUCCUGCCAGAUGCUAACAGCUCUGUGCUGUUAAGCAAGACAACUGCAGAGAAAGUGGAGUCGGUAAGAAAUGACCAUGGUGGAACAAUCAAGAAACCCCAGCUCAACAACAAGCAACAAAGACCCAACCAAAAUGGCUGUCAAAUCAGACGGCACUCAGGAACUGGAGCAACCCCACCAGUGAAGAAGAAACCAAAGCUGCUUGGUUUAAAGGACCAGUCAUUGGCAGAAGCCAGCAAACAUGGGGUGGGGACAGAAUCUCUGUUCUUUGAGAAGGUCCGCAAGGCUCUGCGUAGCACGGAGGCGUAUGAAAAUUUUCUUCGCUGCCUGGUUAUUUUUAAUCAGGAGGUGAUCUCCCGGGCUGAGCUUGUGCAGCUAGUUUCUCCAUUCUUGGGGAAAUUCCCAGAACUGUUCACUUGGUUUAAAAACUUUCUGGGUUACAAAGAGUCUGUUCACAUGGAGACAUUUCCAAAAGAACGGGCUACAGAGGGGAUUGCCAUGGAGAUAGACUAUGCCUCUUGUAAGAGACUGGGCUCCAGCUACCGAGCCUUGCCCAAGAGUUACCAGCAGCCCAAGUGCACCGGGCGGACUCCGCUAUGUAAAGAGGUUUUGAAUGAUACUUGGGUCUCCUUCCCUUCCUGGUCUGAGGAUUCUACCUUCGUUAGCUCCAAGAAGACACAAUACGAAGAACACAUCUACAGAUGUGAGGACGAGCGUUUUGAGCUGGAUGUUGUCUUGGAGACCAACCUGGCAACAAUCAGAGUCUUAGAGGCAAUCCAAAAGAAACUCUCCCGCUUGUCUGCUGAGGAGCAAGCCAAAUUCCGGCUGGACAACACUCUGGGUGGCACGUCGGAGGUGAUCCACCGCAAGGCGCUGCAGAGGAUAUAUGCUGACAAAGCGGCCGAUAUCAUAGACGGGCUGAGGAAAAACCCAUCUGUUGCAGUUCCUAUUGUGCUGAAAAGAUUAAAAAUGAAAGAGGAAGAGUGGCGAGAAGCCCAGAGAGGAUUCAACAAGGUCUGGAGGGAGCAGAAUGAGAAAUAUUACCUGAAAUCCCUGGAUCACCAGGGCAUCAACUUCAAACAGAAUGACACCAAGGUCCUGAGGUCAAAGAGCCUCCUCAAUGAGAUUGAGAGCAUCUAUGAUGAGAGGCAAGAGCAGGCAUCAGAAGAUAAUGCUGGAGUACCCAUAGGCCCACACUUGUCACUAGCCUAUGAGGACAAGCAAAUCCUGGAGGAUGCUGCUUCUCUUAUCAUCCACCACGUGAAACGGCAGACAGGAAUUCAGAAAGAGGACAAGUACAAAAUUAAGCAGAUCAUGUACCACUUCAUUCCGGACCUGCUGUUUGCUCAGCGGGGCGAGCUCUCAGACGUGGAAGAGGAAGAAGAGGAGGAAAUGGAUGUGGAUGAAACCACCGGGGCUGCGAAAAAGCACAAUGGAGUUGGGGGCAGCCCCCCUAAAGCCAAGCUGCUGUUCAGCAACACAGCGGCCCAGAAGCUACGGGGGGUGGACGAAGUGUACAACCUCUUCUAUGUGAACAACAACUGGUACAUCUUCAUGCGGCUUCACCAGAUCCUAUGCUUGCGGCUGCUGAGGAUUUGCACCCAGGCCGAGCGGCAAAUCGAAGAGGAGAACCGGGAAAGGGAAUGGGAGCGGGAAGUGCUUGGCAUAAAACGAGACAAGAGUGACAGCCCAGCAAUUCAGCUGCGACUGAAAGAGCCCAUGGAUAUUGAUGUGGAGGAUUACUACCCAGCUUUCCUGGAUAUGGUGCGGAACCUGCUAGAUGGCAACAUGGAUUCGUCCCAGUAUGAGGACUCCCUGCGUGAGAUGUUCACCAUUCAUGCCUACAUCGCCUUUACCAUGGACAAGCUGAUCCAGAGCAUUGUUAGACAGCUUCAGCACAUAGUGAGCGAUGAGAUCUGCGUGCAGGUGACAGACCUUUACCUGUCGGAGAAUAGCAACGGAGCUACCGGAGGCCUGCUGUCCUCACAGUCAUCUCGGGCCCUUGUGGAGGCCACGUACCAGCGCAAAGCCGAGCAGCUCAUGUCAGACGAGAACUGUUUCAAGCUGAUGUUCAUUCAGAGCAGAGGCCAGGUCCAAUUAACCAUCGAGCUGCUGGACACCGAAGAGGAGAACUCGGAUGACCCUGUAGAGGCAGAGCGUUGGUCAGACUACGUAGAGCGGUACGUCAACUCUGAUUCUACCUCUCCCGAACUUCGGGAACACCUGGCCCAGAAGCCGGUUUUCCUGCCAAGUCCCAUGAAAGAGUGAGCAAGCGGCUGCACCAGCGGUUCCAAGCCUGGGUGGACAAAUGGACCAAGGAGCAUGUGACCCGUGAAAUGGCAGCUGAGACAAACAAAUGGCUAA